AAACAGAUCUCUAUUUGCUGAAAGCAACACACAGUGAACAAGAAGUGUCCUGUCAAAGUCAGCGAUCUCUGUGGACUGGAGUUCUCCGACAGAUGCUGGAUUUAUGACAAGAGGGGCAUGAUUAACUGGAUACCACCUUGCUGUCAUCUUGGUACCCCAGGCUGCUGGUGGCUGUGCAGAAGAUCGGGUCCCUGGCUGAGGGUUAUGUGACUUUAUUCUCCGGUGGAUUCUCUUUUUUUUGAUCAAUUCUCCUUGUGAAGGAUCUAGAUCAGCGUUUGGCAAGCCGUGUACACACGGGGGAAGAGACGACCAUGGCACACGGGCGCUUCUGGGGCUUGGCACUGCUCUUAGUCCUGUUGCAGCAGGUCUCUAGCUCCGGGGUCUUCCAGCUGGAACUUCAUGAGUUUAUAAAUACCAAUGGGAUGCUGGAGAAUGGGGAGUCGUGUUUGCCUAACUGCCGGAUCUUCUUCAAGAUAUGCUUGAAACACUAUCAGACCGUGGUGUCCCCGGGAUCGUGCACUUUCGGCAGCGUUGUCACCCCAAUGCUCGGGUCCAAUUCGUUCAUCAUCGGGAACAUAGAAGGCUUCUCCAACCCCAUCAGGCUGCCUUUUAACUUCACAUGGCCGAAAACCUUUUCCCUUAUUAUUGAAGCUGUCCACAAACCUUCAGGUUUAAAUAAAAAGGACGUAUUGGUCAGCAAGUUUACGAUCCAGAAACCCCUUAAUGUUGGUGAAGAAUGGUCUGCAGACGAGAUGUCAGGAGUACACCAGACACAGCUCAGAUAUUCCUACAGAGUUGUCUGCAGUGAACAUUACUAUGGGGAAAGCUGUUCCAGGCUGUGCAAACCUAGGGAUGAUCGGUUUGGCCAUUAUGUCUGUGAAUCAGAUGGCAGCGUAUCGUGCCUCAAGGGAUGGAAAGGAGAAUAUUGCUCGAAACCAAUAUGUCUGGAUGGGUGCAGCGAGCAAAACGGUUUCUGCAACAGCCCUGGAGAAUGUUCAUGUCGCCCUGGCUGGCAAGGACGUUUCUGCAAUGAGUGCAUUCCCCACAAUGGCUGUAGACAUGGCACAUGUCAGAAUCCAUGGCAAUGCAUAUGUGAUGAAGGCUGGGGUGGUCUUUUCUGUGACCAAGAUUUAAACUACUGCACCCAUCAUAAACCCUGCAAAAAUGGAGCCACAUGCACGAACACAGGACAGGGCAGCUACACGUGUUCUUGUCGAGCUGGGUAUACUGGGGUGAACUGUGAAGAGAAGAUCAAUGAAUGUGAUAGUAACCCCUGCAGGAAUGGCGGCAGUUGCACAGACGUGGAUAGUGGCUAUGUCUGUGAAUGCCCACAAGGAUAUUAUGGAACCCACUGUGAACACAGUGUGCUAAAUUGUGCAGAUUCUCCAUGUUUUAAUGGUGGUACAUGUAGAGAACGAGAGAUGGGUGCCAGCUAUGCCUGCCAAUGUCCGCUUGGAUAUACAGGAUCCAACUGUGAAAAGAAAGAGGACAAAUGUACCAACAAUCCUUGUCUAAAUGGUGGUCAGUGUUAUGUGUUGGGUUACACUCAGCUGUGUCGCUGUCCUGCUGGAUACCGAGGCCCAACGUGUGCUAUUAACGUAAAUGACUGUGCAAAGAAUCCAUGCUCCAAUGGAGGUACCUGCUAUGGCUUGCUUGGUGACUAUGGCUGCAUUUGUUCCCCUGGAUUCACUGGGAAGAACUGUGAUGUGAAAUCCACAGACGAAUGUGCUGCGAACCCUUGUAAAAACGGGGGCUCAUGCCAUGUUGUGCCUUAUGAUAAAACCAUUGCUUGCGUCUGUCCUUUCGGGUUCAUGGGAAGCCACUGCGAAUUCCCGGCUCGAGAAUUUCCAUGGGUUGCCGUGUUCAUGGGUGCUGGUAUGGUGGGACUCCUCGUCUUAUUGUGUAUGAUCUUCAUCGUUGUGAGACAUUUCCGUCAGCAGCCAAAGCAGGACACAAAGACAAUGAACAAUUUAUCAGAUUUCCAAAAAGACAACCUGAUAUCAGCCUCGCAGUUAAAGAAUAUAAACAAAAAGAAGGACCUGGAAGUGGAUUUUAGUCUGGAUAAAUCAAAUUACAAGCUAAAAAACCAUACAUUAGACUGUAACAUAACCAAUGGACUCAUUGGUGUCAGCAAUGGAAUUUCAAAAGGAGACAAGUAUCACAAUAGUGAUAAAUGUUUAGAAGAAGAGAAAUACCCUCUUCGUUUACACAGUGAAAAGCCAGAGUGUAGAAUAUCAACGAUAUGUUCGCCAAGGGAUUCAAUGUACCAGUCAAUUUAUGUGAUAGCAGAUGAACUGAACGAAUGUGUGAUAGCUACAGAGGUGUAAACAUUAAGUUUAACAUUCAGAAAUGCAGCUGUCACAUUCUCUCAAAGGCCACAGAAUGGGGACAUGCCGUGUAGCCAUGUUUACAAUUCAGUAAUUCAGGACUGGAGGUGAUUCUGAUCACAUAUGUGCAACGUGCUGCUUUCAGAAAACUGAAUAAUCUGAGCUCAACGGAACAGACUGUGAAUUUGCAGGAGACGCAAAAGACUUUCCUCCUGGGCUCUUGACGUUUAGGAACUCAGUCAACAGAAUGUAACAAACUGGAUUAUACAAA